CAAAAGAUCGUUUUGAUUGAACUCAAGUUUGAUACGGGUUUUAUUCCUCACACCUCCGUUGAAGCUCUCCAUUGCACUUUAUCGUCUCUCAGCCGGUGCCUCCAUUUCUGUUCGCUCAAGAGCCAUCCAUCUCUUGCGCUCUCUUCACCUUUGCCAUCUCUCUGGCUGUUAUUCAAGUGUGGGUGUCGUUUGUGAGAUCAAAAAUGAAGUUUGGUUUUUUCCUGAUCUGUGAGGUGGAAUGACAUUUGGGAUGUGAUGAAUGGAACUUUCGCAUCCAGUAGCUUACGCGCUGCGUUUUCGCACUGUGUACAGCAAGUCCGAAGCUAUGACUACCAUCACUACCUCUGCCUCCUCGAACUUCCCCCUUCUAUGAGAAAGGCUGCAUUUGCACUCCGAGCAUUUAAUGUUGAAACAUCAAGAGCCAUGGACGUUGCUACUGAUCCCAGGAUAGGUCUUAUGCGACUUGUGUGGUGGCAGGAAGCUAUUGACAAAAUAUAUGCUAGUAAAAAGAUUGAACAUCCAAUAGCGCAAGCCCUUUCAUCUGUGAUAUCGGAGAACAAAAUUAGCAAACUGUGGCUGAAAAGGUCUGUUGAAGCUCGGAUUAAUGAUGCCAGAAGGGAGGACACUGACAUUCCAACAGCCAUUGAUGAACUAGAGAAAUAUGCCGAAGAUACUGCAUCAACACUACUCUACAUGACCCUUCAAGCUGGUGGUAUUAGGUCGACAGCAGCCGAUCAUGCUGCAUCUCAUAUCGGUAAGGCCAGCGGGCUGCUCUUGUUGCUGAAGUCAUUACCAUAUCAUGCUACUCGAAAUCGCCAUUUUUCUUACAUUCCUGUUAAAGUGGCCGAAAAUCAUGGUUUGUUGGCAAAGGAGGGUGUGCGUUUUGAGAUACGCUUGGAUUCAAGAGAGAGCCUAUGUGAUGCAGUUUUUGAAAUGGCUUCAGUAGCGAAUGCUCAUUUGCAAAAAGCUCGAGACUUGGCCGGGACAGUGCCGAGGGAGGCUCUGCCUGUGCUUCUGCAGGCCGUGCCAGCUCAGGUUCUUUUGGAUUCUUUAAGGAAAGUACAGUUUGAUGUUUUUGACUCAAGAUUACAACGUGGAGUUUUGGGUGUUUCUCCUUUGUGGUUUCAAAUGAGAUUAAAGUGGUCUUCUUGGAGGGGAAAAUACUAACAAUAUUUUUCUUUACUCUAGGGAAGAUUUUAUUGAUUACCUUUAUUUCCUCAAGAGUAAGUACUGAUCUUAAAAUUUUGAUCUCAUCAAAUUGAGUUAUAGAUUUUAAUAAAAGAUGACAUUAGUACUUUUCGAUCGAUAAUUUGUUAAUACCAUCAUUGUUUGGAAAGAUUUGUCUUGUUUAUAUGCUUGAUUUUGUUGUUAGUUUCAAGAAUUUUCAUCCUCGGACAUGAACGUAUUUGUUGCAAUCUGUUUUCUAGUUUCAGAGAGCUUACAAACCUCUCUAGGGAGUAUUUUGUGGUGGUAGAAGUUGGGAGAAGAGAAAGGAUAAUGUGGUGUUUGACUUUCUUGUUGCCCUGGAAUCUUUUUUGUCCCAAGUUUUAGACUUUUCGGUAGUGCAUUGGUAAUAAUCUCUUUUGGUUUUGAAUAGUGUUUGUGCUGUGGUAAAGAUUUGGAAUCGAGACCAUACUUUUUCAAUGUAAAAGAGCUUCAAUUGUUUGGGAUAUUGUAUUACGUGAUCUGGCCAAGAAAGUCAAUUUAUCCCUUCCAAAUUGCAAUUUGGUGGUCAGUUUGGCUGAUUGUGUGGAUGAUCUGCAGUUUGUGAAAUUUGGAAUUACCUGUUGGGCUUUGUGGGAGGAUAGAAAUAAGAUUCAUUUUGGUGAGGCUUUGACAACUGUGGAGUACAAAUCCGAAUGGAUACUGCAUUAUGCGGAUGAUUUAUCAAACAUGGCUGAACCUGGAAGGAUUUCUGAUGGGUCGAUGUUGGACAACCUGAGGAGUUGUAGAGGUCUAUUGUCUUCCUGGUGUCCACCAUACCUUGGUGUGUUCAUAUUAAAAUAAUUGACCGUGUUGGUGUAUUGUUGUCUUCUUCUAUGGGCUUAGGGGAGUAGUAAACCGGGAUAAUCGUGGUUCUGUUGCGGUGGCUCAAGCGUUGGUGUGCGAUGGGUUUUUAUUAGCUGAGGCGGGGGAAUUGUGCCCCCAUCUCGAAGGUCUCAAGCUUGCUGAGGCUUUGGGCUUAUAACGAUCGAGUGUGGAGAUGGAUGAGUGAAGAACAUUAAGGCGUUGGCUUUUUCUUUCUCUCCUCUUCGAGUUUAAAUCUCUUGAAUUAUUAAAAAGACUUGAGAUUGUUGAUUUUCACUAUGCCCCCAGGAGAUGAAACAGUGUUGCCAACAAAUUGGCUAAAUUUGGGUUUUCUUCAAAUUAUUGUUGUACUUGGACGAAUAGUUAUGCCUCCCAGCUUGACACGGUUCUUGAGCUUGAGAUGAGAUCUCCCAUUUUGUAUUGUUGAUUUGUGUAUUUUCCAUGUUUCCGGUUAAAGAAGAACUUUUGGUUUUGUAUAGACACAAUUCUUGAGCUUGCAAUGAGAUCUUCUAUUUUUUCUUU